AUGCACGCCACAAUCCAUAGCACCCAAAGUGGAGGAAGCCCAGUUACGGAGGACGAGAAGUCUAUGUCGCCCUUCUCGUCGUCAUUCUCCUCCUCUACAAACGGUGCUAGCUUUGUACAGUUGCUACAACACGCUGCACAGAUUGGAGAUGUCAAGCAGAUUACAAAGCUUAUUCAAACAACACGUCCAAGCGUCUCUUCUUCUUCGUCUAGUGUUAAUAUUCCCAAAAAUGAUUUGUCAUUAAACUCCUGGCUUGAUGCUGCCGAUGAAGACGGCUUUACAGCACUGCAUUUUGCAUGUAUUGGUGGUCAUGGUGCUGUCGUACAGGAAUUGCUGCUGGCUGGAGCAAACACGGAAUGUGCAACUUCUGAAGGAUUUACGGCGCUGAUGUUUGCCGCACGGACUGGGUCACUUUCAAUAGUACAAACGCUCGUUUCGCUUGACGCAAAUAUCAUGGCUUGCGACGUCGACGGCAAUAACGCUGCAGUUAUCGCCGAGCUGAACGAGCAUGCUAUGGUGGCUAAAUUCCUACAGCAGCAGAUGUUACUUCUGGAAAACUUGUCGAAUAAAUCGCCUAGUUUAUCUUCCUCGAAUAAAUGCGAAGAAGAGAAAGAUCAUAGACCUCUGUCGUUCCAAAAUUUCCCGGCUUGUUCCAGCGAAUUUUUAUUAGGUGAAGACUGCGGACUUAACACUAAAAGCAGUGAAGAUUCGUCGACGUGCUCGUCACCGCAACAGCUCGUAGGGAAUUUUUAUUCGAAUGAUGAUGUGAUAACCACAAGGAAUGCCGAUGGCGCCACGCCGUUACAUGUUGCGGCUAUGCACGGACAACUGGAAACUGUCAAGGUGCUUUUAGCUCGCGGCGCUCGUUUGUCGGCUGCUUUACCGAGCGAUCAAGGACUACCAGUUGAUGGGCCUACCAAAUAUGGCUAUACACCGCUCCAUGAAGCUGCCUAUAAAGGACAUGUCGAAGUGGCUAAGCUGCUGCUGAAAUGUGGUGCUAAUGUGAAUGCAGCAACUGUUCAUGGCACAACACCCUUACAUCGAGCAGCUGAGAAUGGUCAUGUACAAAUUGCAGAAUUACUUAUCGCACACGGAGCACACAUUGAUGCUACAACAUCAAAUUUUUUUGCCACUACUGGGGAGAGUAAGACUGUGGGCCUCAAUACACGCCGGCGACAACAUCAAAGGCGCACAAAAGUCGUCGAAGUAGAAAAUGAAGGAAAGUCGGAUUUUAAUGAAGUCCAUGCGGAGGAACCGCGAACGAUGGAUGAGCUCGAGAAAGCGCUUUCGGCUUGUAGAUCUCACCUGGUUGCACUAUGCCAAGCAGCUAAAAACGAUCGCUUGGAUAUAGUCCAAUAUAUACUGGCACGGGGUACAAUUGGUACCGAGGACCUUGUAUUGCUCGAGCCUUCAAAACACCCACUUAUCCUAGCUGCUCAACGCGGCCAUUUGGAGAUCGUCCGCUGCCUGCUCGCUUAUGACGCAUGUACGUCCAGUUUGCCUGACGCAGCGUCUUGCAUAUUGUGUCGUGCAGCGGAGCACGGCUAUCUACAAAUGGUGGAGCAUGCUUUGCUUCGUGGGGCUAACGUCGAGGCCGUCGGUGGGAAGAUACAAGCAACGCCGUUGGUACUGGCAUCUCGGCGGGGAAACUUGGCCGUCGUUCUCCACCUUUUGUGGAGUGGUGCGAAAAUUGACGCAGCCGCAGCCUCCACAGGCUACACGGCGUUGCAUUAUGCAUCCAAACAUGGACAUCUUACGGUGGUAAAUGCCUUGUUGCUCAAUGGGGCUAAUGUUGAUGCUGUGUGUGUUCAGCGCCGCUCAUCGCCAUUGCACUUAGCUGUCGAAUCGGGCUAUCAAGAUGUCGUACGCUGUCUUUUGUCUUUUAAUGCGAGUGUUGAUGCGGAAAAGCAUCCGAGCACUAUGACAGCGCUACACAUUGCCGCCGAGAGAGGGCAUUCAGACGUGGUACGUGAGCUAUUGACACAUAAUGCACGACUUGAAGCACCGGCGCAGAACAAUUUGCGUGCAUUAUUCAUCGCUGCGUAUUGCGGUCAUAAAGACGUUGUUGAGCUCCUGCUGGACCAUGGGGCAGAGCUGGAAGCGUUGUCAGGCACGAACGAGGCCACACCUCUACGUGGUGCUGUCUCAAAAGGCCAUACAGACGUUGUCCAGCUACUACUGGCUCGUGGUGCCGAUGCGAAUGCCACGCAGGUUACCGAUGGAACAACAAGCUUGCAUAGUGCGGCUGCUAAUGAUUUUGGCUAUAUCAUAAAGAUUCUUGUCGCUGCUGGAGCUGAUCCCGAUCGGGAAGAUCGACAAGGGCGUACGCCUAUCCGAUACGCUACAUCGGAUGUCGUUCGUCUCAAACUGCGACUUGCACUUCUGAAGUCUCAGUGGCAGAGGCAGGAUGGGGGACGCGGUCAAGAAUUUUAG